CCGCCUCUCCAAGUGAAGGGGUCGUGAGCCCUCAUCCAGGGUUCCCUUCAUUGAAUAGCAUCAUUGCCUUCGUCAUCUCCAGCUAGUUUCCGGGCGCGUGAUACCCUUUCAAUAUUUCUUUUGGGAAUCGUUUGCGCCAUUAUUGUUCACCUACCAGCCACUCGUACGCAGUGAAUGAUUCUCUCGUCAUUCAUUUCAAAGUCACCACCCACUCCCCGACCGCAUCACUUUGCCCUUCGGAAUCUGGGUCUAGUCACAGCACCAGCAAACGACAAGGUCGGCCUCAUAAUGAGAAACAUGGCUGGCAAUAAGAGCAAGGCAAACGGUAUGCGGCCAAAGGGGUCAGAAAAACGGACCUCCGGUGUGCAGAGCGCUUCGACCACCACCGAAACGAGCCGCUUUCUCUUUAAAACGGCAACAGCAACAACUGCAAAGACCGCACCUGCCAGAACUCCCAGAAACCCCUUCGUCUUGCCAUCAGCUGCGCCCUCAACGGGCCCAAGCCCUAGCAUCACAACUACCAUCACCACCACCACCACCGAAAUAAAAACCCACACGCCUCUUUCGAAGGAAGACUACCUUGCGCAAGCCGAGAGGCGGUAUUUGGCCAGCCGUGCCAGAGCAGACGCUGAGCUCAGGAGAUUGUACCAAACCCGCCCAUUUGCCAAAGGUGCUGUCAAACGUUAUACCCAAAGGAGAUCACAGUGGGCGGAAUCUAGGAGGCGAUUGCAAAAAGCCGGCGCUUUCUUAGAGAACACCAUGGGCACCUUCAGCAAUGCUCAUGCUUUGAACAACUCAAGACCCAGCGCGUCUGCCUCUAAGCCUCUACGAAAGACGUCACCCAAAGUCUCACCAGAGCCAUCGUCCGCCAAACCCCCGGCCCUUGUUCAGAACAGUUUCAGUAUAGGCGACCGUCCUGAUGAUGACUGCAGCAAGGCCCCCAGUGUCACCAGCAGCUCCGACGAGACUGUCAAGUCAGACACUAGGACGGUUGACUCACUUUCCACAAACAUCACGACGCCCGAUUUGUCCGAUUGUGACAGUUUGGUCAAAACUGCGACCAAGCUGACCAAGCAGAAGACGACAUCCUCAUCAGCUGUGAUUCCCCCUUCACAAACUCAGCCCGAUCUUGUCACAGAACAACCUAGUCUGAAAGCGGAAAAGUUCAAAAUCACCAUCAACGUCGAACCCAUAGCUUCAUCGAAGGAGUCCAAGUCGUCAACCCAAAAAGCCAAAGAGGAUGCGGUGCCAACAACCACCAACGGCUCUCUGACGCCCAAGAAGUCAGUUGACCAAAAGGGCGAGAAGAAGCAGAAAUCGAGCAGCGACAAGGCGGACGGUCAAGAAAUUCCGAAGGAGAAGAAGUCCAAGAAGCACAAGCGGGAUGAAGUCAACCAGGAGGAAGGUACCAGCGAGCAGCAGCCCAAGGCGAAAAAGUACAAGACCUCAGCAGAGCCCCCCACAUGCGCCGGUGCCGCCAUGAGUCCUGCCUCCAUCGACAAGUCAUAUAAACCCUACCCGAACGUGCCCCCGGAAAUCAGGAAGGAGCUCUUCAUCAUCAAAGCCGAAGAAAUGCUCUAUAACCCGCUCGGCUAUGAUGAUCUUGUCUACGAUGACAACAGGCCCAGGAGCAAGCGUCCGAAGUGGAGGAAGACUGGUCGCAACACAGGUCACAACGACAUGAUGAUGUCCGGUGGUAUUGGUCCUGCCGAUCUCUCUUCUACUUCCCACAAGUUGGGCAAGGGUGGCGCCAACAAGAAGAACCGGUCGGACGGUGAGGACAGUCUGUCGAAGCAGGUGCUCAAGAAGGGUCACAACAAGCGGGUUGCGGAGGAGGUUGCUUCGCUCAAGAAGUCGUCGGCGACGGCGGAGUCGGGGUCGAGUUUCGGUAAGAAGAGGGAGAAAGAGUUCAAGAAGAAUAAGUACGGCCAUCGGGAUCAGCAGGGCGGGACGAACUGGAAGCACAAGCCAAAUCAGUCGGGGAGCUUGGCGGCUAAGUUCAGGAAGCACAAGUAACUGGAAAGUUGCAGAACAGUGACGAGCGGGAGAAGACCAGCAAAGUCCAAAAUGGACCAUUGACGACGGGCGAAGACUUGAGGUCCAGAGGCUGCUUCAUAUAACUCUGACGGGAGAAAGAUGAUUGCCACGUCUGAGGACAGGAGACUUACCUUUUCUCCCUCUCGCCAACUUUGCCCGCAAUUCCAUAUACAUGGCUAAGGCGGGAAUCAGACCGGUCCUCGUAGACGGGUCACACCCAGAGGAAAAAUACGAGUGGUUGUCCUUUUCUACGACUGUUGCAUGGCUCUAAAGCGCAUGGUAGCAUUUAUAGUGGCGAGCGGAGGUUAUUAUUUGCAUAUUUGCUUUUAUCUUGUCAUUUGGCGCAGCGGUGGUUAAAACAAAGGCAUAUUUCUAGAUGGACGGCAAGAAAGCAAAGAGGGGGGCGAGAUGGGCACAAUACACGGCGGACUGGUGUGUGGCGUGGCGUAAUCGCAUUUGAAACCUUCGGAAGGCCGGUUUGGCAAGAAUACUAGAGCUUCUUGUGCCUUUCCUUUUCAUGUUCCAAGAUUUAGUGCCUCAUCAUUGAAUGCCAUAUAGUCAUUUGUCGGAAUAGAUACCCAAGUUAAUAUCGUCGCUCAUAUAUCAGUGGCGAGACAAGGAAG